AUGUCGCUCUUCGGCCAGGUCAAGCGCCACACCCCCUCCAAGCCACGCCGCUCCCCCCUCCCCACCACCGCAUGGGACCCAGACAGGCGCCACCCAGCCCCCUCCCCCUGGUUCACCACCAUCUACAUCCCCCUUCGCAUCCCCUUCACAGCCGACAGCGACUCCCUCCCAAAUGCCCUCGCCUCUCCCAGACCGUACCAUCCCCUCUCCAAGCAGCGCAUCCUCAGACUCCCCAUCCCCAUCCCCCCCCGCAUAUAUGCCCGCCUACCCAGACUCAAUUCCCCAAUCCGGCUGUUCCUGUUGUUAAUAGCCCUUUUGGGCCUCAGUCUCUUCUUCAUGGGUUUCAGAAAGACAAGAGACGGGGACCGGACGUGGUCGCCGCCGUUCGUGGAUCCAGACACGAUGGUGAUUACGCCGGAAGAGGCUGCGAUGAUCUGGGAGUGGGAGGUAUUAAGUGGGCACUAUCCUAGUCGGGAACAGCCGCCCGACCAUCUGCCCAUCGCUCUUGCCCUCAAGAACCCCGUCGUCCCUCCCGCCCUUCUUCCCUCCCCCAUCACUCCUUCGCCGGCAGUUGCCUACCAGAACCGAGCCGACAAGACCCCUCAAUCUUCACUGGUCGGCAUCGGCCCCGAACGGCAUUACCUCUCUGUCUGGGAUCCUCGCGAAAGCCAGACAGGAUUCUCUGCCAGGCCCAUGCCUGGAUCGAUUCUGGAUUUAGAUCUGGUCAGGGAAAAAUGUGAUUUUGGUACAAACAAGUAUGUCCGAGACUGCCUAGAGUUUUUGAGAGUCGGAGGCGGCAUGGACGCCAGCAAGCGCGUACGAAGAGGAAACUAUCUCGCCCAGUACAAGCAACACUACUACGAAGAGUCCACCUCUGCUCAGUCCCAUCCAUGGUCACCCCGCGCCCCCGAGACCCGUGCCGGCAGCCGUUCCCGUUCAGCCUUGACUUUGCCCCAACCAUACUCUGUGCCCGCGAGCUUUGACUCUCGUGAUGCUUGCGACCCACUUCACCCCAGAAUAUUCCACAUGUUCUGGGCGGGUCCUUUUACGGACAAGCCUUACAUGGCUGUCAUGUCCUUCUUGUACACUCAAAACCUUGGCCUCGACAAGCCCAUUGAUGCUGUCACUGACACUUCCGACGUUGUCCGAGGGACCUGCCGACCUCAGUUCUGGGUGUGGAUCAACCCCGGCCCUGCCGCUGCCGUCCCCAAUCCCUCUGCCAAGCGAGAGAUGCUCGAGCAGCUGGCGACCAACCCGUGGUCGGCACCUUUCAUGCACGAAAGGUUUAGGGACGUUGUCAAGUUUAAAAUGUGGAACACCACAGAGCAAUUGGAUGGUAUCGCCGAAUUGAAGCCGCACUGGCGCCAGAUGCCCAUCUUUAAUUCUGGUGGAAAUACCUACAAUGCGCCGCCUCCUCAGAACACACCAGAGGCGAACGCGGAAGACGAGGAGGAUGAAUAUGCUAUGGUAGGCGAAGUCGUCGCCGACGUCGAGGCCGAAGCCGAGGCAGAGGUUCCCAAGAAAAAGAAGAAGGACGGCUUGUUUGAAAAGGUCGGCUCUUCCUCCGAAUCUGACUACGACCGACUCUCUGUCAUUCUUUCCGACAUGGCCCGUUUCGUCCUCACUCAUCGAUUCGGUGGUAUCUAUCUCGACGCCGACACUCUCUUCCUGCGUGAUUGGGAAGAGCUCUGGAACUACCGUGGUCAAUUUGCCUAUCGAUGGAGUUGGCACCAAAAGUACAACACUGCUGUGCUCAAACUGCACAAGGGUUCAGCCCUCAGUACCUUUUUGUUCAAGACGGCUCUAGAGAAUGGGUUGGACUUCCACCCGAUGACGGUCACGAGGUAUCUGAAGGAUGCUGGGCUGGACAAGCUGUUGUUUAUGAUUCCCGAUGCCUUGUUUGACCCUGCUUGGUUGAAUAUGGAAAAGUACCAGAGAGACCGACCGCCUUUCCCCUACUUCCCCGAAUUCUCUCAAUUAUUCUCCAAUGAUAAAUUCGAGUCAAACGCGCCCCAGCCCGUCGGCUUUGAGGGCUUCUUCCGCGGCGCCUUCUCCUACCACUUCCACAACUUCUGGUGGCUUCCCUUUGACCCCUCACGGAACUUCCCUGACCUGGGUCACCGUUUCAUUAAGGGUGAACGCGCCCUUCGUUCUUCCGCCCGCGAUGCCGACUCGGAUACACCAGCGCAUUUGGUUGGGGACGAUGUCGACCCCAGAGGAAACGGCGAGGGAUACGGAGAAGGUCUAGGUGAAGAAGGGCAAGUGAUAGGGGGAGAAGACAUGGACGAUGAGGUGGAUCUGAGCUGGUCGACAGUUUUGAAGAGGACCUUUGAGAGUUAUGUGCGGGGCGAAGGACCCAAUGCGUACGGGGAGUGGCUGCAGUGGGGAGAUUAA